CCUCGUUUCACAGCUGCACAGCUGGACACAAUACCUCCACAGCAUGUUCCUGAAGGAGUGACCGUACUCAAGUUCGAGUCACCACUGCAUUUUGCUAACGUCACGUUGUUCACAGAUAAGAUCUCUGAGCUGAUAACAUCGGUCAAAGAAGAUUCUCUGUUGAAUGGACGGGCGAUCGUUGUGGAUUGCACGGCAAUGGCAUACGUGGACAGUAUGGGUCUGGACGCACUUAGAGAGGUAUACAACGACGCGAAAGAAGAGCGAUGUGGCCUUGCAGUUUUGUGGAUUGAAUGGUGGGAUCUCUUAACAAUAAGUAUUUCUAUCUGA